AUGGCUUCGUUAUUAGGCGUUGGCUAUGAGUCCAGUAGCGAGGAUGAGAACUCUGCAGUUGCGCCCAAGCCAGACAACAACUUGAAUGCUGCGCUCGUGGCGGCUCCUGAUGUUUCGCUAGAGGUUUGGUCCCUGCUCUGCCAGCGCAAAUGGGAGCGCAAUACUAAUAUCUUGCAGGAUCGUGCGCAGAUGCAGCUGAUGCUAGCGAGAAAUGACGAUAACGCUUUGACGUACAAUGUGACUUACGAUAACCUUGCGAAACCUACGCAAGGUCCUGCGAACCCCUUCAAAACAACGAAUGGUAAUGCAUUGAAGAGGAAGAACGUUUUGACAGGCACUGCAGAGGAGACGGCCAUCAGCGAAGCAACAUUCAGAGCAGAGCACCGUACGUUUCAGAGUCUUGGUUACACGAAGGAUCCGUCUGUAGACGGGGCAUAUGUGGGCAAUCGAAUAACUGCCGCGAAGUAUGGUGGACGUGACACUGUACAGCUUAAGCCAACCAAAGAUGAAAGUGCCGCAAUACGGGCAAAGCGCCAAAAGAAAGGAGACUCAAGCAUAGUCGAAGGGGACGGCGCAUAUCUUGGACCAUGGGCCCCAUACAAAGACGAUGAUAUCGCAUACGAGGAAGAAGCUGCAGCAGUAGAUCAGGAACUGGCGUCGGACGAGGAAUGGGUAGAAGAAGGUAUCGUCGAAACGAAUCUACCAGCGCCACCAAAAGCGGCGACAGCAUAUCAGGACGAUGUUUCAACUUCCGAGACCACGGAGUUUCAUGGCGCGUCCCUACUCGACUAUCAAGGUCGAACCUACAUGCACGUACCACAAGAUCUAGAUAUAGACCUUCGGAAAGACCCGGGCAGUACCCAGAACUAUCACCCCAAGAAGCUCAUACACACCUAUAAAUCACACACGAAACCGAUCACCUCCCUUCGUUUCUUUCCCUACUCCUCCCACCUUCUUCUCUCCAGUUCGGCCGACAGCAAGGUCAAACUGUGGGAUGCGCAUCACGCCCGUGAGCUACUUCGCACAUUCUCCGGCCACACAAAAUCCGUCACCGAUACGGACUUUCACCCUACCGGCAGGACAUUUCUCUCUGCAUCCUACGACCGCCAGAUCAAACUGUGGGACACGGAAACCGGAACAUGCAUAUCGCGCUUCUCCAGUGGCAAGAAUCCCCACUGCAUCAGAUUCCAACCGGCCGAUGGUGGCCACGAGUUCCUGGCCGGUAUGUCUGACAAGAAGAUUGUGCAGUUCGACACCCGUUCUGGUGAAAUGACCCAAGAAUAUGACCACCAUCUUGGGCCUAUCAACAGUCUUACAUUUGUCGAUGAGAACAGGCGGUUUAUUUCGACCUCAGACGAUAAGAGCCUGAGAGCAUGGGAAUACAAUAUCCCCGUCCCCAUCAAGUUCAUCGCCGACCCCUCCAUGUUCGCAUUAACGCGUGCUUCCCCACACCCAUCGGGUAAAUACGUUGCGUUCCAAUCCGCCGAUAACCAGAUUGUGGUCUAUGCUGCAGGGGACAAGUUUCGACAGAACAGGAAAAAGGGAUUCAGAGGGCAUAACACAAGUGGCUAUGCCAUCGAUGUGGCUGUCUCACCUGACGGGAGUAUUGUGGCGAGUGGGGACAGCGGUGGAUAUGUUUGUUUCUGGGAUUGGAAGACCGGGAAAAUGUGGCAUAAGAUCAUGGCUGGUGGAGAGGGGAGAGGAGCAGUGACAUGUGUGGCUUGGAAUGGGCAGGAAAGUAGUAAGGUUGCUACUGGUGGACUGGAUGGGAUUAUUAGAUAUUGGGAUUGA